AUGCGGUAUUCGAGCCUUCUCCGUACGUGUUACUUCUCAGAGAAAGAUGUCUUUGUCGCUGGAGUAUGGGGAGGGGUGCUCUUGUACGAUAUUUUUGUGUUCGCAUUAUUGGUUCUGAAUGCCUUGAACCGACCUCGUCGACAUGAUCAUGAGAUUAUCAGUAAUCUCCAGCGUGACGGCACUGCGAUAUUCAUCAUGCAGUUUCUUCUUCGCAUGACUAACUUUGUUCAGAGCAUUGCCAGUGGCGCGGCACAAACUUUCGUUGCGAUUCUUAUCGUGUGGUCUCUCGACACUGCCAUUUCAUUCAGAUUAUUCUUGAAGUCAAAUUAUGUAGAAUUAGCUAUGGGCGAUCGUUCACGAUUCGACGUCAUCUCACCGUCUGCAGAGGCUGUUCUCAUCACGGAGGAAAUUGAACUGGCCAAUAUGUAGCAUUUCCAAUGUCUUUCGUGGUAUGGAGGCAUAUACACGCAACAGGCAAUUUGUGUAGAUGAAAUGUG